CAACACUAAUUCUAAAAUCACUAUCGACAAUUUUAAACCCUCAUUUCCUCCAGAAAUCGCUACUGAUGAUUUAAUUUCGAAAUUCAGAACUAAUUCUAAAUAUAAUAAAAUUUCUAAUCCUCAUCCCUUUACUAUUUAUAGAAAUGUUUUUAAUAGAGAGAUAGCCAAAUUAAACCAUGAUAUUUCUUUACUAGAAAUACAUGCAAGAGCUAGCAAAAGCUGGCGUAAAGAACCCAAAUAUGUUAAAAAUGCUUAUAGAAAGUUUGCAAAAGAGAUAAAUUUAUCUCAUGAGAUUAAGUUUGAAUCUCUUAUCAAAGAAACACAGAAGAAUAAAAGCGACACUGAUGAAUGUAAUACAUUUAACGACAAGAUAGAAAGAUUAUUGAAAGAAUAUAAUAUCAGGAGAGUUAAAUAUUCGCAAAUUAAAAAUCGUCAACUCAUUGAUAGAGGUGGAUCUGCGGUGGUGUACUCUGUUAAUUUACGAGGACAAAAGCGUGCAUUAAAAAAUUCAACGCAUAAUUAUGCCAUUGCUGUAAGAAUUUUUCGUGGUGAUCGUGAAAAGAUGAUUCCUGGUAAACCACAAGAAUACGCAAAUCUUUAUAUGAGAUGUUGGUCUUCGGAGCCAGAAAAACGUCCUACAAUAGAUAGCAUUUUGAGUGAUCUUGAUAGAUUCUCAACGACAGCUAUUGAAUCUAUA